GUUCAGACACUUCGAUACGAUCUGGAGGUGCACGCGCAACAGCGAGCUAAUCUUUGGACCGGGUCAGCGUGCGCGCUCCCGUGUGCGUAUCCCUCACAUGGCCGCAGCACACCGGUGGGGAGAGAGAGGAGAACCGUUACUUUGACCCACCACAGUCUCUGUUAUUUAGAUGGAGUACCCGCUCCACCUCAUGUUACUACCUCGGAUCCCACCGCCGCCUCAUUGGAAGGGAUAACCGACUUUUGAACAACAUUAAAGGGAAGAACAGCGGGUGUUUUUUAAUUCAUGUUUUACCGGAGUUAAAGAACGUCGCGAUAAUUAAUCAUGGACUUGGAGUGUUCAGGAAUGACCACUUUCCUCCAUUUGGCUGGGUUGCUUUUGGCUCUGUCCAUCCCCGGCGCAACGUCCGAGUCUGCUAUUCUGCGCUUCUUUGGGCAGACGGACUUUGUCGUCAAUGAGAGCAGCACAGCUGUGGUCCGCUUGGUCGUGGAGCGAGUGGGCGAUCCCGUCAAUGUCACGGCUUUGGUUCUGCUGGAGGGAGCAGACACGGGCGAUUUUGAGGCUGCCAAUGCUGCCGCCUUUCUGCUCUCCACUGAAUCCAGUAAGACCAUAUUCAUCGCGGUGAAAGACGACGACCGGCCCGAAGCCGACGAAACGUUUACCUUCAACCUCACCCUACAGAGCUCCUCCAAUGGCGUGACACUGGGAACGCCCAACAAAGCCACCAUCACCAUCCUGUCCAAUGACAAUGCCUUUGGAAUCAUUGCCUUCAACUCCACUGAGGAGAUCGUAGUUGAUGAACCGAGAGGAGUAAAUCGGUUUGUGCCUCUCACUCUUAUCAGAGAAAAGGGAACUUACGGAACAGUGACUGUGAAUUUUGAGGUUUUUGGGGGCCCCAAUCCUGCUUUUGAGGACCUCACUCCAAAUAGAGGAAAUAUCACGAUUGCUGUUGGACAUUCCGUCGUUCACUUCAGCAUCCUCAUCCGGGACGACCAGAUUCCGGAAGAUGAUGAAGUGUUUUCAGUCAGGCUGACGGGCGUAGCAGGUGGAGCUCUCCUCAGACCCAACGGCAGCAUUAUUCAGCUGAGAAUCCGACGCAAUGACAGUCCACUGAGGUUCUUACAUUCAAUCAAAGCAUUUCCUGAGUCUGCUGGAGUCAUCGCCCUGAACGUGACACGUGGUCGGCUGAGCGAGGACGGGCCACUAGUUGGCUCUGUCGACACUGAGGUUUCCGUGGAUUAUGUCCUCGUAAGUGGAAAAGGCCCAGUUAGCGCCACAGUUGACGAGGACUUCCGCGACCUGCAGCUGGUCAGGACCAUCACCUUCCCUCCAUUUGUCUACAACACCAUCCUGCUGUUUAACAUCACGGAUGAUGACGUGCCAGAAAUCGCAGAGUCCUUCCAAGUGGUCCUGCUAGAGGCGAGCCUGAAAGGAGAUGCGGUGCUCGUAUCGCCCACUACCUUGCUAGUGACCAUCGAGCCAAACGAUAAGCCUCAUGGUGUCUUGUCAAUCAGCAGCAGUGCGAUCAUUCAGCCAAUCAGCAUUGACGAGGACCUGACACAAAGAUUUGAGGGCAUUGUUAUUGUCAGAAACGGAGGUAGCUAUGGCGAAGUGUCUGCCAACUGGUCCAUCAGUCGAAACUCAAGUGUCCUCUCGUCGGUAUCUGAUGACUUGGCGCCAGAGGCCGGGAUGGUGAGCUUCGCCCCUGGCCAGGUGACUGCCGUGAUUCCAAUAAAUAUCGUGACAGACGACCUACCCGAAGAGGCGGAAGCUUUUGUUCUGCGGCUGCUGCCGCAUUCUGUGACUGGGGAUGCAGAGGUGGACGAACCCACGGAGAUGAUGUUUUACAUCCAAGACAGCGACGACGUCUACGGGAUAUUUGGCUUCAACCCUGGGAAAGAGCAAAGCAUCCAAAGCCAACCCGAAGGUCGUUUCCUGUCACUACACUUCCUGCGCGAGGGCGGCAUGCUGGGUCAAGUCUCGAUGAGUCUCACAGCACUCUACAUUCCUGCUGGUCCGAUCGACCCGGUAUUGGCUCGAGACCAGGUCCUAAACGUUAGCAGAAGGGUGAAUGUCGUCUUCUCCCGUGAACACACGGCCGUCGUCGUUCUGCCAAUCAGGAAUGACGCUUUUCUGCAGAAUGGAGCACAUUUUUUUGUACAGUUGAAUGCGCUGCACCUUGUUGACAUCACUCCCCUGAUUCCGCCAAAAAGCCCACGGUUUGGAGGACCGGUCAAUCUCACCCUGACUGUCACCCCUGAUAUUGCCAACGGGGAAAUUGGUUUUACAAGUAACAGCACGAUUGUUGUGUAUGAACCUGAAGACGGCAACGCCAGCAUAGUGACCCUCCCGCUGCGGCGCGAUGGCACAGACGGUCAGGCUGUUGUAUUCUGGAGUCUCAAACCGAUCGGCGGCAACCCCGAGGACGUAACCCCGGAUGAUCUGGAACCUCUCAACGGCACAGUGGCCUUCAUGUCCGGGCAGAGCGAUGCCUUCAUCAACCUCACGAUCAUGGCUGACAGCACGCCCGAAGUCAAUGAGACAUUGUUGCUUACUCUGGAUAGGAGCAAUGUUGAAAAUCAGAUCCUGAAAGUUGGCUUCACCACCAGAGACAUUGUCAUCAUGGAAAACGAUGAUCCCGGGGGAGUCUUUGAAUUCUCCCCAUCCUCCAGAGGUCCAUGGUUGAUCAACGAGGGUGAGGCCGUGGAGCUCCAUGUGGUCAGAGCCCAGGGCCAGCUGCUAAAGCAGCUGGUGCGAUAUGCUGUCACGCCUGCAGGCAACGCCGAAUUCUACGGCGCCACGGGGAUCUUGGAGUUUAAACCGGGCGAGAGGGAGGUGGUCGUGGCCCUGGUGGCCAAGCCUGAUGGUGUGCCAGAACUGGAUGAGACUUUCUCCGUGGUACUCAGCAGCCACAGCACUCCGCCCAGUCGCCUCGGAAGUCACAGGGAGGUCAACGUAACAGUGCGCAGGAAUGACGACCCCUUCGGGGUCAUCCAAUUUGGCCGAUCAGGGGCAACAAUGGCCGUCAGUGAGAGCAAAGGCAAUGAGACAUACCAAGCGACAUACUCUGUGGAAAGGAGCAAGGGCCUCUUUGGAGAAGUUUCCGUUUCAUGGGCCCUUGAGCCAGCUGCAUCGGGAGAUGUUAGCCCCAUCCAAGGAAACAUCACAUUCAAGGAGGGGGACUCCUUGAAAAACUUUACCCUCCGAUCUUUGCCUGAUGAGAUCCCUGAAGAUUUGGAGAAUUUCACAAUCACUCUUGUGAGCACAGAAGGUGGCGCAAGGCUCGGAAACAGGGUCACGGCCGCUUUUCAGAUCAACAAAAAUGAUGAUCCAAUUUAUUUUUCUGAACCUUCCAUUGUGCGACUGGGAGAAGGCGAUGUGGCCACCUUCGGUGUUCUGCGAGCCGGGCGAGCGGACAACAUCGGCACAGUGGCGUACCGUGUGGAAUAUGGCGAUGCCUCACCUGCCGAUCUCACCCUGCUCAGUCAGGACACAACGUUGGUCUAUGAGAUCGGGGAGUGGAUGAAGAACAUUUCUGUGGCCAUAGAAGAUGACGACAUACCAGAGACGGAUGAGCACUUCCACAUCGUCUUGUAUAAUUCCACUGGUGAUGCUGUGGUGUAUGGAGCAGACACGGCUACCGUGGUCAUUGAGGCCAAUGAUGAGGCAAAUGGAGUUUUCUCACUGGAGCCAACGGAGAGGACGGUUGAGGAGGGGAAAAGCAAUAACUUCAAUGUAUUGCGAGCACGGGGUCAUUUUGGCAACGUGACAGUCUUUUGGCAUCUCUAUGCCAACGACUCCUACACGCCGUUGUUGGAACGUCAAGAGUUUACCAACACCUCUGGCUUCAUCACUUUCACCACCGGAGAAGAUUUCAAAGUCAUCAUCCUGGAGGCCAUCUCGGAUACGCUUCCAGAGUUCAAUGAGUCGUUUGUCCUUAAGUUGGUUAAUAUAUCCGGUGGUCACCCAGGGGAUGGUGGCCGACUUGAUGAAACUUCUCUGACUGCCUCGCUUGUCAUUCCCAUCAAUGAUGACCCAUAUGGCGUGUUUGCCAUCGCCGAAAGCAAUUAUGACCAAGAAGUCGCAGAGGAUGUACUGUCAGAUGAGGAUAUGGCGGAUGUCACUUCCUUUACCAUCCUCCGACACCAGGGUACCUUUGGCCACAUGCGGGUUGCCUGGGAGAUUGUAUCGGCGCACUUCCCAGAGGGCCUUCCUCUGAUGGAUGACCUGCUACUUCUAGCUUCCUUCCCCGAUGCGGUAGAGCUCAGGCCUCGGGCCAGAAGGCACCACUCUGCCACAGACGCAUGGUUUUUCUCCGGACUUCACGGAGCCUAUGGGACUAUCCCACCCGAAGAGUCACCCGCCGUUCCGGGCAACUUGACGUUCUCGGCUUGGCUGGUCCCCAGAGCGGCCACUGAUGGCUUUAUAGUCUCCAAAGGAAACGCAAGUGGCACCUUGUAUUAUGGCGUCAAAGUCCAGACCAAUGAGUCUCACGUCACGGUGAAGUUGUACUACACCGUCGCGGGAUCAAAUAAUACCCAAGUUGCCCAGGCCACUGCUACCAAAUUUGUGGAGGAAAACGCGUGGCUGCAUGUGAUCAUUACAGUGGAUGAUGGGAUUGUUGAGUUUUUCCUGGAUGGCAACCCCAUUCCCGGAGGCCUGAAGAGCAUCAAAGGAGAAGGCAUCGCUGAUGGUCCUGCUUCUAUAUUCAUUGGAUCAGAUCCAAGGGGUCAACAGCGCUACACAGGCCUUCUUCAAGAUGUUCGCUUGUACCGUACCAGGCUGAACCGCGGCCACGUGCAUGAGCUUCACAGCCAGCCAGCAAAAUCGGACCUGCGAAGCAUCUCGGGUUACCUGCGGUACCAGCCGCGGGAGAGCCAGAAGUCGUUUGUGGUGGAAGUCAAGGACGAUGACGAAGAGGAGGGGGAGGAGGUGUUCUACCUUCAGCUGGUGGCGGUACGAGGCGGCGCUCGCUUGCCCUUCCCCAGGCCCACGGCUGUGCUACGCGUCAUGAAGAGUGAUAAUGCCAACGGGCUCUUUGGAUUUACCGGCGGCUGCAUACCUGAUACCACCGAGGAGGGUUCAACCGUUUCCUGUGUGAUUGAGCGGAUGCGAGGAUCGCUGGAUAACGUUUAUGUCAACUAUUCUGUGACCCAAACGAAUGACGCGGACAGGGAGAAGCCGGCGCAUGAGGAUUUUCUCAAUGCAACCGGAGCUGUACUUUUCAUGACUGGUCAGCGCUCCGAGGUACUGAACCUUUUGGUCUUGGAUGACAAUCUCCCUGAGCUAGCGGAGACAUUUCAAGUCACAUUAGUGGCGGCAGCAUCCAGUGAUGGGAAGCCAGGGUCCACUCCUGCCAGCGGUGCGAGCAUUGACUCCAGUAAUUCUGUUAACACUGUGACUAUAAUGGCGAGCGACCACCCUUACGGCUUGCUCCAGUUUCAAGCUCAUCCACCGGGCGAGGGAUUGAUCACCCCUGCAUUAGAACCCGCACACGUCACUGUCAAAGAGGAAGAUGGGCAGUUUCGUCUGCCAGUGGCCAGAGCUCAGGGCCUUUUGGGAAGGGUCCUGGUGGGAUACAGGACAACCCCCUUUACAGCAUCCAGUCCUGAAGACUAUGAGGACUCGGAAGGUAUUCUGGACUUCCUCCCAGGAGAAAGGUUAAAGUACAUCACGCUCACCAUCGUUGACAAUCCUGUUCCCGAGCUGGACAAGGACUUCCGAGUGGAGCUCUACAAUACUGAUGGAGGAGUGGAUCAAUUUCUGCAUGUUGAGGAAAGUGGUAGUGGGGAGAGUGACUCUGAUUUCCUGCCUUCUUCCUCUCUCCACCGUGCCAGCUUGGGAGCUGCUUCCCGCAUCACGGUUACCAUCGAAGCCUCCGAUGAUGCCCACGGAGUCUUUAACUUCAGCCCAAGCUCCCUGUUCGUUAAUGGAACAGAACCCGAGGAUGGACAAAGCUCUGUGGUUCUAAAGGUGGAUCGGUCCUUUGGUGAUCUCUCCAAUGUGACCGUGUACUGGGAGGUUGAGCCCGGCUCAGCAGGGGAACUCUUGAACCAGUCCGGUACCAUCUCCUUUGGUGUCGGGCAGAUGUCAGAAAGCAUCAUCAUUACUGUGGCCCAGGAUGAGGUCCCAGAGUUGGACAGGAAUUUUACCGUGUCUUUGGUUAAUGUGUCGCAUGGCCGUCUGGGUGUCAAGACCUCUGUCACUCUGACUGUGCUCGCCAGUGACCACCCUUAUGGCGUUUUUGUGUUCUCCAACACCACAAGGCCCGUCCGCCUCCCUGAGGGUGACUCGGCUGUUACCCUCAGCAUACUGCGACAGAAAGGCUCCCUGGGAAUGGUGCGAGUCACAUUCAGGACACUAAAGGAAGCAGAUCCGGCACCUUACAGGACACCCGGAGUGGGCCGAGCCACAGAAGUUCAAGACUUUGUUCCUCUGCUAGAUUCGGUUGUUUUCUUGGCUAAUCAAAGCAAAGCCAACAUCACUGUCAGAGUGUUGGAUGAUGACGAUCCAGAGAGAGACGAGUCUGUGUUUGUCCAGUUGAUCAGCGUUCAACUCGUUGAAGGAGGGCAAGAGAGGCCCAUUUCCAACUCCCCCUCACUUGGCCCAAAAGUGGAAAUUGUAGCCCAGGUGAUAGUGGAGGCCAGCGAUGAUGCCUUUGGCGUCCUUCAGCUGUCAGCUUCAGCUGUCAGUGUGGCUGAAGACUAUGUUGGCCCUAUCAUAAACGUCACACGUGUCGGGGGGAUAUUUGCGGACGUAUCGGUCAAGUUCAGAGCCGUACCGUUGACGGCCAGAGUCAGCGAAGACUACAGCGUCGCCUCCACCGAUGUCGUCCUUCUUGAAGGGGAAUCCAGCAAAUCGGUACCCAUUUAUGUAAUUAACGAUGUGGUCCCGGAGUUGGAGGAGACUCUCGUUGUCGAGUUGAUCAAUCAGACGACCGGAGGAGCUCUGCUUGGAGAGCUCACACGUGCCAUUAUCACCAUUUUGCCUUCUGAUGACCCUUUUGGUGCCUUUGUCUUCCAUGCUGCUUCCGUCACCGUAGAGGAACCAGUGUCCAACUCCAAUGAAGUUGCACUGCCGAUAGUACGUCAUGCCGGUACGAUUGGGACCGUGGUUGUCCAAUGGCAAGCCACUGUCAAUGGUCAGCUGGCAGUGGGGGACAUCAGACCCACAUCGGGAGACCUGACCUUUGCUCCAGGAGAGACCUUGAAGACUCUCCGAGUGGAGGUUUUAGCGGAUGAGGUUCCCGAAAUCACUGAGAUCAUCAAGAUAGAACUCACCAGUGCCAGGAAUGGUGGAAACCUCGGAGCCGAUACGUUUGUUAAUAUUAAAGUGCCUGCCAACGACAAUCCAUACGGGACAGUUUACUUUGGGCAGUCUGUUUACCGCAUCAUGGAGCCACUGGAAGGAAUCUUCAGAGCCAAUAUCACCGUCCAAAGAAGCGACGGGCACUUUGGCCGUUUACGAAUCCUGUACGGCACCUCACAGAUCGACCCGGUCGAAUCGGCUCAGGCUCAGGGCCGGAACCUGCUGACCUUCUUUGACAUCCCAAAACCAGGGCUUCCAGUCACUCCCCCUCAGGGGUCAUUUAACAUCACCACUCUGCCUGACUCUUUGUCCGCCUGUGCUGCCGCAUGCCUGAGAGAGCGUGCCUGCCAAGCCUUCUCCCUAUCUUCAAACACAAUCAAACCUUCCUGUACUUGGGUGACUUCAGGGGCGGAUGAACUUGAAGCAACGUCUCGGGUCGUAACUUAUGUGAAAAACGUGAGCGCCGCUGCCGACUUGUUCAGCAGCCAGGCCUCAGCGGGGAGCGACUACAUCCCUGUCGCAGCUAAAAGUGCCUUCCUGGAGGACGGUUCAGGGGAAGCAAACCUCACUGUGCUCAUUUUGACAGAUACAUUCCCUGAAAUGGACGAAAGCUUUGCCAUACAGAUCUUAAAGGUGGAGCUGCUGAAUUUGACCGCAGACCAAAGGAACCUGCCCUCUAUUGGCCAGCCAGAUCAAGCGGUGGUCACCAUCGGAUUGAACGGGGAUGCAUUUGGCGUGUUUUUGAUAUACAGCGCCAGUUCCAAUGCUACCAAUAACGGGCUUUAUGUUGAGGUUCAUGAAGAGCCUUUAGUGGCAGUUCCUUUGGUCAUUGAAAGGAGAGGAGGCAACUCGGGGAUAGUCACUGUGGAGUGGGGAUUUGUCGGAGGAAAUGCCACGCCGGGUAGAGACUUCACUGGAACCGGGGGAACUCUGGUAUUUGACGGUGAAGUCAAGAAGACGAUAGCCAUUGUCAUCAGAGACGAUAUUGAGCCAGAAGACGACGAGAGCCUCAUGAUUGGCCUUGUAAAUACGGAGGGAGGAAGUCGUAUCCUCCCCAGUUCGGACACUGUCCAGAUUGUGAUUCUGGCUAACGAUAACGUGGCCGGCAUUGUGGGAUUCCAUCCAGCAUCGCGUUCGGUCAUCGUCAGAGAGGGUGAAAUGUUGACCUUGUUGGUAUUGAGGACCGCUCCAGGUCUCGGUAACGUCACGUUGGAUUGGGUGAUAAGAGGUCCCCUUGUAGACCGGACCUUCACUUAUACUUCAGGCAGACUAUUAUUGAAUGAGGGACGGCUGAAUGACACCAUUGUUGUACAGCUUCUUGAUGAUGUCACACCAGAGGACAGAGCUGAAUACAACGUUUUCUUGACCAACAUCCAAACUUUUGGUGUUGCGGCGCCAGGCCACGCCACGUUUGACGUUCAGGGGACUGUGGCGUUGUUGACGGUGAACACCAGUGACGAGCCGUACGGGGUGCUGACCGUUGCGCCGUCAUCCCUUAAGGUGACCACUGAGGAACGAGAGCACACCGUAAAUAUCUACAUCAACAGGGAGUUCGGGAUUUCAGGUGCUCUGAAUGUUACCUAUGAGGUUCUCAAAGGGUCCCUGGAAGACCUGUCACAGGUCGAAGGGGCUCUAGCUGAGCCAGGAAAAGACUUCUUGGCAGAAACUGGUUCUGUGAUUCUUCGGGAGGGUCAGGCGUCUGUUGCUAUUCCUGUCACCGUCCUGGAGGAUGAUAUUCCAGAGUUGCAGGAAUAUUUCCUGGUCAAUAUUACAUCUGCAGCACUCCUCACAACCCUCGCCACAGUUCCUCAACUCGACACGCGGGGUUUGGUGGCCGAGGUCGUCAUUGCUGCCAAUGACGGAAUUCGAGGAGUCAUUGAAUGGACAAACACCAUGUUUGAAGUGAAUGAAACGUUAGGGAUUUUGACCCUGGUGGCCUAUAGGAACAAAGGCUCGUAUGGGAACGUUUCUGUUUCCUUCUGUGCUCAAAAUCUGGAGGCUCAGCAAGGCCUGGACUUCAACACCAGCGAAACGGUGCUCUUUUUCGUCAGCGAUGAAAAACACAAGUUUGUCGAGGUGCAGAUCAUCGACGACAUCAUUCCAGAGGGAGCCGAACGAUUUCAGCUGAUCCUGUCCAAUCCAUCACUUGGGCUUGAACUCGGCACCAAUACCACCACCACAGUGACCAUCCUGGCCAGCGACGAUGGGCACGGUGUCUUAUCUUUUAACACCAGCGAGACAUUCUUCCUGAAGGAGCCCACAUCUGAGUUGGCACUGAGCGAGAGCGUGGCCACCCUCUAUGUGGUUCGGGACCCAGAGGAGGGUACCUUCGGUCCUGUGACUGUGCAGUUUUCCGUAACGGAUUCCAAUGGCACCCUUGCCAGUGGUGAUCUCAUCCCAGCCCAAGGGAUUGUGGAAUUGGAGGACGGCGUUAGGUUUAAGACCCUGGAGAUCCGAGCAUUACUGGACGCCGAGCCCGAAGUGAAUGAAACGUUCACGGUGAGCCUGUCCGACCCAACCGACGGUGCGCGUCUCGGCGAUCGACUGCACAUUGCCAUCACCGUCCUCGAGAACCUUGCUCCUUCUGGCCUGUUCCGUAUUGGACCCACUCUCGAUAGAAGUAGCACACGCGUGGUGGCAAAUGAAGGAGAUGGAACCAUCUUCCUCACAGUGUCUCGAAGUAAUGGCUUGGAGUCUACUGUCAGCGUGGAGUGGGAGACGCAGUCCGACACAGCUGUUGCUCGAGAGGGCCCUCUCCCGACGAUGGGUUUAUAUCAGAGCUUUGAGGACAGCCCCACAUCCACUUGGUGCUCUGUCCCCGGAAUGCCAACCGCUCUUGCUGUAAGACUUGAUAAGAGUCCCGCUGUGGGGUCAUCUCACACAUUGGCCACUCUUUAUCAAUGGCAAGGAGUGUUUGUGCCAGUAGAGUCUGCUCGGAUUCAGGACCCAAGUUCCUGCGUUGGGUUUGUACUGAAAAACACCAGCUACAUCGCCGUCACACAUGGUGGCGCACCCUUCGCCCCUGCAGCCAACCUCAGCAUCUUAAAGCUACACAGGGACUUCAAUGUCACAUUGGAACAAAUCAUAGGCGUGGAAGCUCUGGAAGUGAAGCACUUCUCAAUUGACAACAGAGAUUUUCUUGUGGCAUCAAGUCAGAUAUUUGUUUGGACCAGCGGCUCCUUCACCCUCCUGCAGACGCUUGACUUUCAAGAACAUAUCGUCAGUGUGACGCCAUUCACCCACGCCGAAGCUCCUUAUUUAGUAGUUUGCUUUAACAGUGAGACGAGAAGCUGCCUACUUCUUCACUGGACUGGCGGGAGCUUUGGGAAUCCACAGCCCCUUCAUAUCACAGGCAGAGUCAGCCAAGUGGAGACGGUCCGGACAAAAGCGGAUGACACUCUUUUGUUGGUGCUCCUUCAAGGUGUCCUUCCCUCCUGUGAAGUGCUCCUGUGGAGGUUAGGGCGGCAUUUGCCUGAGUUGCAGCAGUCCAUUACUCACCCAGGACUCACUUCAGUUCAUCCGUUCACUACGCCCUCAGAACUCGUUUACAUUGUGCUCGCUGGUAGAAAUAGCUCAUCACUCUACUCCUGGCUGUCUGAUGCCAACCUCUUCGCCAUCAUUUUGAAGGCACCACCAGCGAUGAGAUUCCUCUCCUUGAAUGUCCCUUCCUUCAACACCACCAAGACACUCUUGGCUUCUUCUGAGGAGAACCGCUCCAGACUUUACUUGUUGAAUUCUGUCUCCAAUCGAUCUGACUUCAUACCCAGUUUUGGCGAGUUGCAUUUCUUACCCGGCGACAGCGAGCUACAGAUUGCGGUGAACGUCUUAGAUGAUGACGUUCCCGAAGAGCAGGAGUACUUUCAGGUCCGCCUGAAGAAUCCAAAAGGCGGGGCAGAGAUUGGAUUUGGGGGUCAGGUGACCGUUGUGGUUCCGAGCAACGACAACGCCCACGGAGUCAUUGGAUUUGCGCAGAAUUCUCUGUUUCUGGAGGUUGAGGAGCUGGAGCAGAAUCAUCAGAUCUCCCUCACCGUGGAGAGGAGAAGGGGGACUUUUGGCCGACUAACCGUUCACUGGACUGCGAGUGGGAGUAUGGCGGACAUUUAUCCCACUUCCGGAGUGGUUACGUUCUCAGAGAGUCAGUCGGUUGCCAUCAUUCCACUGACUGUGCUAGCAGAUGGCGCUGCAGAGCUCAAAGAGAAUGUGAUCAUCACCCUCAUGGAUGUGACCACAGUGGAGCUGCGGGACGCACAACAGGCCGCCGUUAUUGACCAUGUGCGGGCGCGAUCACUCCUCACCAUCCUGCCAAAUGGUUCCCCCUAUGGGGUGAUUGGAUGGCAUUUGGACUCUCAGAUGACUCGAACACAAGAACCACCAGGCUUUCCAGUCAAUGUGACUUUGUCCAUCGUACGGGAGCACGGCUCCUCUGGGGAGUUGGAAAUACAUUAUGAGACCAGGCCAGCCUUGUACCAACUUCCAUCCAACCAGGCCGCCGCAGGUCAGGAUUACAUGGCCAAAGAUGACACCCUCAUUAUGACAGAAGGAGCAACUGUGGCCCUUGUGACCAUCACAAUCCUUCCAGAUGACAUCCCAGAAUUGUCCGAGAGUUUCCUGGUAAAUAUCACCAGAGUGGCGCUAGUUAGCGGGCUAGCUGGAGCAGACGGGCCUUCUGUAAAGAGGCCAGGCAUGGAAGUAGCUGAAGUAACCAUCCAGGAAAAUGACGACCCUCAAGGGAUCUUGCAGUUCGUGACGCCGGGAGAUAGCCCUGGAUUUAUGGUGGCUUAUGAGAUGCCGGCACCUGACAACGUCCUCCACCUGACAAUGGUGCGACUUGCCGGUGCAAUUGGAAGACUGGUUGCCUACUGGGAGGCUGAGCCCCUCACUGCUGAUCUGAAUGAUUUCAGCCCCUCGUCCGGUAACAUCACCUUCCAAGAUGGGCAGCGGAGGGCUACGAUUGCUAUCACCAUCUUGGAUGAGGACCGUGAGGAGGCUUUGGAGAAGUUCAAAGUAAAGUUACUGCGGGUGAUUGGUGGCGCUCGACUCGGAAAUGUGACCUCUGUCACGGUCAGCAUUCCGGCCAAUGACUCGCCUCAAGGACGAUUUGGAUUCCAACAGCUUGAGGUUACCGUGCGUGAGCCAGAGUUUGUUGAUGAUCCCGCUGCUGUCGCCCGACUAGCAGUGCUGCGCAGUGAAGGCGAGGGGGCUGUGACACUGGUGUGGCAGCUGGAAGGACAAACUCUUUGUGACCUUUCACCUCUCAAUGGGACUAUUUCCUUUAAUGAGACUGACUCCUUGAAGACAUUUGUGAUAAGGGCCCUUGCCGACAAUGUACUUGAGGGAGAUGAACACUUCACUGUCAAGCUCUUUCCUGCAAGUGACGGCGGUGCUGUCAUUGACCCUUUCAGUGGUUUGGCAACCGUCACUAUCGUGGCAGACGAGGCCGCGCUGGGAAUUGUAGGGCUGGCGGAAUCCUCAAAGAGGAUUUUCAUCGGCGAACCGGAUGGAUUUUAUAAUGGCAGCGCUGUUGUCAACCUUACCCGUGGGCCGGGUGUGUUCGGUGAAGUGCGGGUGCAGUGGAAUAUCGCUCCAGCUUUGGUCGCUGAAUUUAAGAACAUCUCUGGCUCAGUAACUAUGAAAGACCAGCAAUCUUUUGCUUCUUUCAUUCUGGAGGCUGUGGAUGAUGCCUUUCCUGAGGAACGUCGCGAUUUUCAAUUAACGCUAACGUCCAUGACCCCAGGACUGGAAAUCAGCCCCACUGCACGACACGCCAGAAUAACCAUGGUAGCCAGCGACAGCCCUUACGGCUUGUUCUCUUUCACCCGGCAACAGAUAAGCGCAAUUGAGGAGGAGGAAACUGUGAAUGUGACUAUUAAUCGCACUUUGGGCAGUUUGAGAAGUGUGUGGGUCACCUACCAGACCUCAGGCAACACAGCAGUUAGUGGCGAGGACUUUGCUUCUGCCUCGGGACGGCUGCUCUUUGCCCCAGGUCUGACAUCACAACAUUUUUCCGUGCGUAUCCAUGACGACAGUCUCCCAGAGGGGCCUGAGAUGUUCUACGUCAACAUUACUGAUGUGGAUCUCGUCGAUGUCAGUGAUGUGGAUUACACAGUGAAGGAGUCAGGUCUCCAGCUGGACCAGCCCCCAUCCAUCGGUGACAUCUCAUCUCUUGCUAUUGUAAUACUGAAGAAUGACAACGCCGAGGGCAUCUUAGAAUUCAGCCAUGACCACGUCAACAUGACGAUUGAGGAGGAUGCAGGCACUUUGUUGAUCCCAGUGGUGAGGACAGCGGGUUCUUUUGGAACCGUCUCAGUGGGAUACAUUUCCAGAGGCCUGAGUGCGACUCCUGGUCUUGACUACGUUGCAACCAAUGGCUCGGUGACGUUCGUCGAGGGCCAGCGAACCGCUGUUGUCAAUGUUACUAUUUUAGAUGACGCGCAAAGCGAAUAUGCAGAGAUGUUCGAGAUCUCGCUGAUCGGAACCACGGGGGGAGCAGUACUCGGCUCUCACACAGUCGUCAGUGUGACCAUCAACAAGAGCGACUCUCCGGGCGGUGUGGUGCGCUUCCUCAACGAAAGCCUAAUCGCCAUCAACAACCCAGAUGACACUCGACAACUCACGCUGGUCUUGGAGAGGGCGGGGGGCCUUUUGGGCCCUGCGACGGUUGCUUGGAUGAUCCUCGGUCCGAACGGCAGAGAGCCUCUCCUUCCAUUCAAUACAGACAUCCGAGAGCCCUUGAGUGGGACUUUUGUCUUCGGUGACGGGGAGGACGGCACGCGCACCAUUGCGCUUCGGAUCCUCCCGCAUGGGGAAGUGGAGGUGGAAGAAAAAUUUGUCAUCGAGCUGAGCCUUCUUUCUGGGGACGUGGACAUCGACCCUCAGGCUGGAUCCAUCAUACUGAAGAUUGAAAAGUUUGGGGACCCAAAUGGCGUCCUGAAAUUCACAGAGGAAGCACUUGAAGAACAUGUCUACAACGAACCCACAGAAGCAGACGGUCCACUCAACAUCUCUUUGCACGUAACACGCCGAGAGGGAGUCCUGGGUAACGUUACGGUUCACUGGCAGAUACAGUCUGACUUUGACUUAGCCGCUGACUUUUGGGGACUUUCUGGCUCGGUGCUAAUCAUGGAAGGCCAACGGGAGGCAGAAAUAGCCGUGAGCCUGAUGCCUGACAAUGUGCCAGAACUGGAGGAGAUCUACACUAUUCAACUGACAGCAGUGGAAGGUGGCGCCACCCUGGACGCCAAUUCAUUCCUUUUACGGACUCACAUUAGGGUACAUGCUAAUGAUGACCCGCACGGCGUUUUCUCCUUGCAACCCGAGCAGCAGUCUUUGUUUGUCGAAAGGUCGGGGGCGGAGGUCCGUAGAGUUCUGGUUCUGAACGCCACUCGGGUGGCGGGGCUGUUUGGCGAUGUCAACGUGGGCUUCAGGAUCACCGGUGGGACGGGGCAGAUGACUGCCACGGGCACGUUCGUGGGAGGACAAAGCGAAGGGCAACUGUUUUUCGCUGAAGGACAAGUGUUCAGUACCGUCACGUUACACGUCAGCAGCCAGGUCUUUUUGCCUGUGGGUGGGAGUUUCAUCGUAGAGCUAACGCAUGUAAGAAUGGUCAGUCCUUUACUUGGCACACCGCCGCUCCUCAGUCACGAGUCGUCUGUUGCCAGGGUGAUUUUGCCAGAGGAAGCUGCCAGCUCAGAGGUGGGUUUCGCCUCCCUGGCUUUAUUUGUUUCAAAUGUCGAUGCAGGGAAAUGUGAGGCAAAGGUGACCCGAAGCGGGUUGUUUGGGGAUAUCAGUGUCCAGUGGAGAGCGGGGUAUCCUUCAGGACAGUCUCCGCCCGGUUUUAGAAUCGGAACGAUGGUGCCAAAUUCGGGUUCACUGGCCUUCUCCCAUGGGGAGAGGACAAAGACGAUACCUCUGACAGCCAUUGCUGACGCAUCCGAGCCAGCUGCACAUGCGUUAUACCUCACGGGGGCCACCUCUGGCACUGCUGCGGGCGGCCAUGUCAAGCUCAGGUCAGGAUUCACUUUGGCGGAAGUGGAGCCGCUGGGAAUCUACCAGUUUGCGCCAGAAUCCCGCAAACUGGUCAUCGAGGAGGACGAUCGGACCAUAACACUCUAUGUCCAGAGGCUCUACGGUUCUCGCAGCAACAGCACCCGCCUGUCCUACACGACAAUAGCUGGCAGUGCGGCCGCAGAAGUUGAUUUCAUCGCCAUGCCAGAGGGCCGUUUGGCUUUUGACUCGCCGCGUCAAAUCAACAGUUCCCUGCAGCUGUCGAUCCUGGAUGACUCCGUCUCGGAGCCGGAUGAAUAUUUUCACGUCAACCUUACUGACGUUGAGAUUCUUACUCCAAACUCGGUUUGGGCAGAUGUCUUUCCUCGAAUCAACCCAUCACACGGUCUGGCAACUAUCACCAUUCUGGCAAGCGACGUGAACAGCGGAGUGCUGAGUAUAGGUCCCGGACUGGUCCAAGUACUCGAGGACAAGGAUGAAGAGAGUCCACAGGAGCGAAGGGUUCUCCUCAGAGUGCGCAGGUCAGACGGUGUGGCUGGAGACGUACAAGUUAAGCUCCAAGCGUACGGAGACGGAAGCGCGGCACCGUUCCCUUUCGCGCUGGAGCCUGCUGGGCCUCUAGCGAAGGAGAAUCAGGACUUCCACUUGGAGUCCAGUAUUGUGCGCUUGCCGGCCGGUCAGAAUGAGACAGAGGUGAUUCUUUUCAUCCUGGAUGAUUCUGAACCGGAAGGACAGGAGGUGUUCUUUAUCUACCUCAGCGAUCCUGAAGGCGGGGCACGGAUCACCGAUAGUCAACGGCAAGGCUUUGGGGCAUUCUCCAAAAUCACCAUUCUUGGUAGUGACUUCCAUAACGGUAUAGUAGGCUUCAGUCACGAUUCUCUGACGGGCCAGGUUCUGGAUGAAGAUUCGGAGAACAAAACAAUUCAGCUGUAUGUUCAGAGGCAGCCAAACAGAGCCUUUGAAGAUGUGCAGGUUUUCUGGAGAGUUACUUUGAACAAAGCGCCGCCGACUCUUGUCAGCAGUGGAGUCAACCUGACCAAAGAGCUCGUGCGCACUUCCGGAUUUGUCGUAUGUCGGAAAGGAGAGAUCAUGUGUGCUUUAACUUUGGAGACCCGAGAUGAUGACGAACCGGAGUACAACGCUUGGUUCUUCGUGGAAGUUUUCCAGGUGGGCUCAGGCGCCACCAUUAACGAGACCAGCCGAUUUGCCAACGUCACUUUGGCAGAGAGUGACGACCCGCGAGGCGUCGUGUACUUCGACGUCAGCCACAGGUUUCCCGCUGCCACUCCGACAACCUCGAAGCUCAGUCUCCAGCUGUACAGAAGAGCAAGCGCGGCUUCGAGCAUGUCUGUACGGUAUCGAACACUGGAGCUUUCAAGGGAGGAGGUGCUCGGACCAUUUCUGAUCCAUCCCGCUAAAGAAGGUUUAGAUUUCCCUCAGCAGGAGGGCGAGCUGACCUUUGACCCGGGUCACCAAAACACAUCCGUAGACAUUUAUCUAACCCCUGACCUGCCGUCGUCUUCCCCCCGACCGAAGCGCUUCCAAGUGGAGCUGUUCAAUGCUACGGGGGGCGCCAGAGUGCACCCUGACUUCGGCCUGGCGAGCGUGACCCUUGUGUCAAAUGUCGCCAGUGCGGCCAUGUGGGCCUUCGUUGGGAAGUUGCAUCGACCGCUCGACCCAGCAACACUCAACCAGGUGCUGCGAGGGCUCAUCGAUCGCACCGCCUCCGUGCUGUCCCGAGAGGAGCUGACUGCUGUCCUUGAAGCUCUGGAGAAGCUGCUGGCGGUGUUCGACAGAGCAUCAAUUGGUUCAAGCACCCACAACUUGACCUAUGACCUACUGUGUGCCUUGGCCAACCCCAGUCGAACCGACACACGGGGCCUCAGCCACCUUGCGGAAGUGGCUGAACGAUUCGCAUUCUCCAUCAUCCCACGCAGCCACUGUGACAUCGGGGGCACCAUCUUGGACACAUGUGCACACAUGUCCGUCUCUGCCUUCCAGUGGUAUCCCACACAAAUCAAUGGACACAAAUUCCGUGGUCGAAAUGGAGAUUUCUUCCAGCUUCCUGAUACUUUGCUGGCAGUGCCGGCCGUCUCCACCCCUGACUGCGGCAACCUCAGCCGUAUUCAGCUGACAGAGUUUCGAAACGACCUUUGGUUUGUCACCAAUGCUACAACAAAUGCUCUCAAUGGAAAGGUUUUCUCCGUCAGCCUACAGGACAGUAAGUCAAGACCCCUCAGAGAUGGUAUCGAGGUGAUAUAUCGUAUCCACACUUCUGGUCAUCCACUUCAACCAGGGCGAUCGAUGUGCUUUCUCUGGAAUCAGACCACUGCAAGCUGGUCAUCGGAUGGUCAGCACUGCAGGGUUGUGAAAGAGAGCGGGAGCUACGUGGAGUGCGCCUGCUCUCAUUUGUCGAUCUACACGGCCUAUGCGGAGUUUGCCCCCCUUGCAUCAUAUAACCGGGCCUUCUAUGCCUCCGGGUUCAUCUGCAUAUCAGCCUUUGCAUUGGCGAUCAUGGCACACGUGCUGUGCUCCCGUUUCCCCCUGUUUGCUGCCAAAUUGCUCGUUCACAUGAUGGUGAGCUGCCUCGGAACACAGAUCUGCUUCCUGGUGUCCACUUUCCGUGGCCGAGUGUUUUCCGAGGACAGCUGUGCUGCGCUGGCGCUUUUCUCUCACUACUUCCACCUCAGCCAGUUCUUCUGGAUGCUCAUACAGGCGAUGAAUUUCUGGCAGGUGCUCGUCAUGAACGAUGAGCACACGGAUCGUCGAUACCUGCCGUACUUCCUGUUGGGCUGGGGUCUUCCUGCUCUCAUCAUCAUCAUCCUGGUCAUCGUGCUGCUCGGAGGCUUCGACUGGAGCAUCCACGCCGUCUACGGAUUGGUGCAAGGGGAUGUGUGCUUCAUCCCGAACAUCUACGCUGCUCUGUGCGCCGCUGUGCUGGUGCCGCUCAUCUGCCUCGUCGCCGUGCUGGUCGUCUUCAUCCACACCUACAAAGUCUCGCAGCAGUGGAAGGUGUACGAUGACAUCUAUCGCGGACGCACCAACAGCACAGAGGUGCCGCUGGUCCUCUACCUGUUCCUGCUCGUCUCUCUGGUGUGGUUGUGGGCAGGACUUCAUAUGGGCUACAAGCACAUGUGGAUGCUUGUCCUCUACAUCAUCUCCAACUGCCUGCUGGGACUGUAUGUGUUUGCGGUCUACUUUGUCAUGCACAACCAGCUGUGUUGGCCUGCAAAAGCCACUUACAACGUAGAAAUGAGUGGCCAUGACGGUCCCGACUCCACCUAUCAGGGAGGGGGACCGACAACUUUUGGGGCUGACAUCAACAAAUCAACACAAAACCUCAUCAGUGCCAUGGAAGAGAUGUCGGCAGACUGGGAGCGCACGUCGCUGAGGACCGGUACUCAGCCCACAAGCGGUUUCAAGCCCGGUCCGGUGAUGGGCUCUUACCCCGCUGAGGGCGGCUUCAUCAACACCAACUUGGUCACCGCCGAUGACGAGUCCCAGGAGUUUGAUGACCUCAUAUUUGCCUUAAAAACUGGGAGCGGGCUUACCGUGAGCGACAGUGAGUCCAUCCCGGGUAGUCACGACGGGGGUAGCGUAAGCAGCUCCCAAAUCGUGGAGCUGCGAAGGAUCCCCAUCGCCGACACGCACCUCUAACACCGCCCAUCCUCGUAAAACAACAGUAUUUUUAUACCACGAUGAUUUGCACUAAAAUGUUUUUUGGUUUGUUUUUUGUUUCGUUUUUAAAUGUGGGAUAGAGCAUUUUCAUAAAAAGCUUUGAAAUGAUUUGUACUGCUUUUAUAUGGAUAACCUGUAUCGGAAUGUUGUACUAAAUUAAAGGAUGCAGUUUGACUGAGUGGAUAUUUGGGAAUUUUUGUAGCAAUCUACUAAAUGUGAUCGAGUUUGUCUAACAUUAUUAAUAAAUAUUAUUAUUUUAAGUGUGGCUGU